AUGCCAUGCUGUGCAAAGAUUCCGGAGACGGCCGACAAGGAGCUCGACGAGAAGGGGGUGUUUAUUGAGGAGGUGACUAAUACGUUCAAGGAUUUUGAGAAGAAUGUUGCUGAGACCAUCACCAUUUAUCAACAGCUAUUGUCAUCGUACGAAAGGGUGGCCCAAACCUUCUCAACAAUCGCACAGGGGAACGAUCGCAGCACACAGAUCAUGUCAAAAGAGUUUGAGGCGGAGAUGCGAAAACUAAAGGACGGACCGGCCAUGACUUCCCUGCAGAUGGACAUGAAACAAUUUGUGAAAAAUGAACUCCCGACCAUUUUUGCGGAGCGUGACAGAGCCGCCAAGCUUUACAAGGCCGUGAAGGAAUUAAAGAAAUCGAACGACAAGUAUCGCUUCAAGAUCAGCGAGACCGAAAGAGAAUAUGCCAGUAAAAACAAGGUGCUUGCCGAAAGCAAGUCGUACCGCAAGCUGGCCAAAAAACGCGACCUGUCCUCGGAAAAAUUCGAGGUGAAGAAGUCUGAGCUUUGCUCUGCGGUAGAUCACUUGAGAAGCCUCAUCCGCAAUUUUAUUGCCAACUCUCUGCCUGGAUAUGCGGCAUCAGCGGGCGCGUUUGCGGCGCAUCUCGCGCAAGAGUUGCAGACAUACGCUGGGGGCGAGGUGCGGUCCAAGACGGGAAGCGUUUUGGACGCCGAGGGCAAGAAGAGGGACAGUGCGCAAGAGAGGGCGAGCGCCAACCCGCUGACAAUCGAGCAGCAAUACUACCAACAUGCGUAA